AUGAACCUUUUAUAUAAUCAAUCCCAAUAUCAUUUGAUUUUGAAAACUAAAUAAUUGAAGGAUAUGAGAAUCUAAUCUAAUGCAAUUGCAAAAAAAAAUGAAUAAGUAAACAAAUAGGACAAUGACUUAAUUAUUCUUGAUUCAAAGAUAUAUAUUUCAGGAAAUGCUACCCUCAAUACAAAUUUAUUUGAAAAUUAUAUCCUUUUAAAAAUAUUAUAAACUAAUAGCGAGAUGGUUGAAAAAUUGAAUUUACAGAAAUUGGUGUAGUUGUGAUUAUUAUGCUUUAAGUGGAUGGUUAAAAAUAGUAAAUGCUCUUUAAAAUGCUCAAGAACUUUCCUAUUAAUUUAGGAAAAUGACAACAUAUUAAGGAUAAACACAACUCUUUAUUGAAAAUUUGGCAACUUUUGAAUUGUUCUAUUUGAUUUCUCCUUUUUUUAAUCAAAAAUAGUGA